AUGGCGGCGUGUUGGAAGCAGGCUUCCCUACGGCUGCCCGUAGCGCUGCGGCCUCUGCUCGCGGGCCGGGUGCUGCACGACACCGGCCCGGCCCGGGACGUGCUGCUCUUCCAGCACGAGCGGGGCCGCUUCUUCGCCGUCCUUGGACUGUUCUGCGCGGGCCAGGGCGUCUUUUGGUCCUCCCUGGCCGUAGCAGCCUUGACCCGACCGUCGGCUGCGGAGGCCCCAGAGCGCAGCCGCUUUCACUUACGCUCUGCGCUCUGGCGCUACAGUCUGGCCGUGGGCUGCGGCGCCAUUGGGACCCUGGUACUCGGUGCUGGUCUGGUCUUCUCCCUCCGUUCUGUGCGUUCAGUGAUACUGCGGGCUGGAGGGCAGCAGGUGACCCUCACCACUCAUGCCCCCUUUGGCUUGGGGGCUCACUUCACUGUACCCCUGAACCAAGUCUCCUGCAUGGCUCACAGGGGUGAAGUCCCUGCCAUGUUGCCUCUGAAGAUCAAAGGCCGGCGCUUCUACUUCCUCUUGGACAAAGCUGGACACUUCCCCAACACGCAACUCUUUGACACUACUGUGGGUGCCUAUCGGAGCUUGUAA